GUGAAAGUAAAUUAGCCGAUUGGACUGGCGAAAAGUCAAUCUUUUGCAAAACUACGGAUAAGGGCUCCAAUAAAAUUGCAGGCCUUCAGUAUCUCAUAUUACUGCAUCCAUGGUGAACAUGUUUAGCUGCUGUGGACGUUGUACUGUGCAAUCAUUAUGGGUUUUGUUCACAAAUUUGUCUCGACUACCCGGUGAAGUUAAUUUACUUACAUCGUACACCUUUUUGAGAAGGUUGAAGACUUCUACAAAAAUUUACAAAUUAGAAACUAAUAACAGAUCAUCAGAAACAAGAACAGAUCAGUUCAUUUCAGAUACUGAAAGGACUAAAAGAUUGCACAUACCAGUGAUGAUGAAAGAAGUUAUAAGAACUUUGGCACCACAGCCAGGACAGGUAAUUUUAGAUAUGACUUUUGGUGCAGGAGGCCAUACUGAAGCCAUUCUUCAACGAGCACAGGACAUUUUGAUAUAUGCAUUGGACAGAGAUCCCACAGCGGUCCAGAUUGCUCAUUAUUUAUCAGAAAAAUACCAUGAUCAAAUUCAUCCUCUCUUGGGAAGGUUUAGUGAACUGCACUCCCUUUUGUUAUCAUCUGGAGUACAACUUGGGACCUUGGACGGCGCUCUUAUAGAUGCUGGAUGCUCUUCUCUGCAGCUCGAUAAUCACAUCCGAGGUUUUUCUCUCAGCAAGGAUGGACCUUUGGAUAUGAGAAUGGAUAAAGACAGGUACCCUGACAUGCCCACCGCUGCUGAUGUUGUGAAUGCUUUAGAUCAACAGGCGCUUGCGUCCAUCUUAAGAACGUAUGGGGAGGAGAAGCACGCCAAGAAAAUAGCUUCAGCACUCGUUCAGGCACGCAGCAUCUACCCCAUCACCAGAACACAGCAGCUUGCCAGCAUAGUCUCAGGGGCUUUUCCUGCAGCAGCACUGUAUGCAAGGAAAGACAUGCUUCAGAGACCGGCCCACAUUGCCACUAAAACUUUCCAAGCAAUAAGAAUAUUUGUAAAUGAUGAACUAAAUGAACUUGUUGCUGGACUAAAAACUGCUCAGGAAUUUUUGAGACCUGGAGGCCGCUUGGUAGUGAUAACCUUUCAUUCCUUAGAAGAUCGUAUUGUCAAGCGCUUCCUUCAUGGAAUAAAUAUGACUGAGAAACCUAAUCUUAAUGCUAGGCAGAGGAUAAGGGAAGGUCUUCGGAACGCAGAAGAACUAGAAGAUGAAGAGGAUGUUCAUCAAGGGUCUGUCAUUUCUGGAUGGACACACAUACAGAAGAAAGUGUUGACUCCAGAUCCUUUGGAUGUUCAAGCCAAUCCUCGAGGACGAUCUGCCAAGCUAAGAGCAGCUAUUAAGAUGUGAAGAAAAUAUUUAACUCUAUAGGCUUCCUUAUAGUCAUUUUUUUAUCUGCCCAUAAAAAAUAACACUUUGUAUAUAAAGUAUUCAUUCAUCUUACAAAUCAGUUCAUUGUGUCUUGUACAUGGUUAUUAGCUGAAGUAAGAUUUGAGGCUUCCUGAUGGCAAAAGAUGGUUGUCAGGUUUCUCAUAAGAUAUUAAGACAGUUCUGUUGGUAUUAUUCACUUGCUUCUGUUCCUGUAUCCUUACUGUAUGAAUAUCGAGUAAAGUUUUACAGAUUUUAGUGUAUGUGUAAAUACACACACACACACACACACACACACACACACACACACACACACACACACACACACACACACACACACGCACUCUCUCUCUCUCACAAAAGUGUGUGUGUUCAUGCGUUUGUGUGUGUAUUACCGCUUGGAAAGGAACCCAAGUUGUCCUUUGGUAAUUAAACAUACUUUCUUUUUUAAAAUCAUAAAUAAUAAUAAUUAAUAGCAAUAAUAAAAUAUAUUUAAAGGUUGGUAAUGGAAGGCUUUAAGAGGGCCAAUUUGUUUUAAGUCUAGUAAAAUAUAUAUUUCCGGACUACUAUUCCAUUUAAAUGAAUUAAAUCAAUCAUGGCGUGUGUAUGCACACGAGCACAUAAACCUGCGAUUACUCAUACAUCAGUUAAUAAACAUAAGCGUGACUUUAUGCACACAUAUGUUUUUGUAUCUGUGUAUAUAUAAUGUAUAUGUUUCUGCACAUCUAUUUAG